CUGUCUGUUUAGUCAUUUUCCGUUUGUAUCGUCAUGGCUCGUACUAAGCAGACAGCCCGCAAGUCCACCGGCGGCAAGGCACCGCGCAAGCAGCUGGCUACCAAGGCUGCUCGCAAGAGCGCGCCGGCCACCGGCGGCGUGAAGAAGCCGCACCGCUACCGGCCCGGCACGGUGGCUCUGCGAGAGAUCCGCCGCUACCAGAAGUCCACCGAGCUGCUGAUCCGCAAGCUGCCGUUCCAGCGGCUGGUGCGCGAGAUCGCGCAGGACUUCAAGACCGACCUGCGCUUCCAGAGCUCGGCCGUGAUGGCGCUGCAGGAGGCGUGCGAGGCCUACCUGGUGGGGCUCUUCGAGGACACCAACCUGUGUGCCAUCCACGCCAAGCGCGUCACCAUCAUGCCCAAGGACAUCCAGCUCGCCCGCCGCAUCCGCGGGGAGAGGGCAUAAAGCUUCCACAACUGCCUCACUCCAACGAAAAAGGCUCUUCUAAGAGCCACCCACAAUUUCUUUAAAAGAGCUGU